AUGGCUUCACCGUCGCAAAUUCUUGUCCUUGUCACUGGCGGCUCAGGUUUUGUGGGCUCUUACUGCAUCAUCGAUCUGCUUAAUGCCGGCUACAACGUUCGAACCACUAUACGGUCCAUCUCCAAGUCCUCUGCCCUCAGGGAUGUAUUGAAGAAGAGCGGCCGUAUUGAGGAGGCAUCACUCGAUCGACUGUCUUUUGCAGGGGCUGACCUGACCAAGGAUGACGGCUGGGAGCAAGCGGUCUCCGGCUGCACAUACGUCUUGCAUGUCGCCUCCCCAUUUCCUCCCGGAACCCCUAAGCAUGAGGAUGACCUUAUCAUUCCCGCCAGAGAUGGUGCGCUCCGAGUUCUCCGAGCUGCCAAGGCUGCCGGCGUCAGGCGGGUCGUCAUGACCUCCUCCUUCGCAGCAGUCAGCUACGGGCACCCGCAGCAGGCAGCUCCCUUUACAGAGGACUCUUGGACGAACACUGCUGGUUCAGACGUCUCGCCGUAUGCGAAAUCGAAGACACUUGCUGAGCGUGCUGCCUGGGACUUUAUUGAGUCUCCGGAAGGCGAAGGGCUUGAGCUUAGCGUCAUAAACCCUGCGGCUAUCUUUGGUCCUAUUCUAAGUGCAGACACCUCUGCCAGCAUCCUCCUCAUCCAACGACUUCUAAACGGCGAACUCCCGGGCUGCCCGAACUUGGUAUUUGGCAUUGUGGACGUCCGGGAUGUUGCUUCGCUGCACUUGCUGGCCAUGACAAACCCUGCUGCUGCUGGAGAGCGUUUCAUCGCCAUCUCUCCGAAGUCAAUGACUGUGCAGGAGAUCGCCAUCACGCUGAAGGAGAGGUCACCGAACUUGGCGACGAAGACGCCAACGAGGGUCAUUCCGAAUCUUUUGCUUAAAUUUACAGCACUCUUCGACAGAGAAGUGGCAUCGGUGGCGCCGCAGCUGGGCAGGUGGAAGGAGGGCACAAAUGAGAAGGCUGUCAAGCUGCUGGGAUGGAAGCCAAGAAAUAGGGAGGAUGCUAUUGUAGCAACUGCGGAGUCGUUGGCGAGGCUGGGCUUGCUGAGGACGUGA